AUGCAAUCUUUUAGUUUCAGUCGUUCGCCGGUUGUUGCUUCUCCGACAAAAAGAGUAAGAAGCAAUACGAGAACACCUUCGUCGAGAAUUUCUGAUUUAAGCAAGAGUAAUGACUCAACUAUUUCUCGAUUUUCACCAAAACCAAGUAAACCGGCCGGUAACAAACAAACAACUCAGGCUCAACCUCCGUCACAACCGAACGUAGAAGAAAUUUUAAAAAAUCCCUCGGCAAAUUCUCAAAUUAUCGAUUUUGUCAAGAAAACUGCAUCUUAUUACAUUCAAGCUUUAAGUUAUAACUAUCCUGAUAUCAAAAAUCAGAUGAGAAAUGCACAUUCGAAAUUUUUCCAAGAUUUUAAUUGCUGGAUUAGAAAUUCAGGGAAAAUAUCUCAACGAAAACGUCAACAAGAAAGUGUAUCUUCUAUUAGAGAAUUGGAAUCAACGAGAGAAAAUAUGCAAACAAAUCUUGGAGAUUUGCAUAAAGAAUUAUCUGUAUGGCGUAGUGUUAAUACUAAUGUAGAAACGGAUUAUUUCGUUAAGAUUGAUAAAUUUGAUGAUAAUUUUGUUCUGGAUCAAGCUGAAUUUAGAAAUCAUAUUGCUGUGUUCUUAACUAAUCUUGAUGCCCUCUCAUUGAGUAUACACCGAGGUGAAAUAUCAAUAGAAAACGCAAAGAGGCGCUCAAAAGAGUUAUGUGAUUAUAUGAUUACUACUUUACCAAUAGAUCAGAAUGAGAAGAUUAAGCUUUCCCAGAUGUAUCCUGAUGUUGUUUAA